CGCCCGCACAAACUAGGGUUUCAUCGCCAAUAGCUGGUCGGUAUUUUCAGGGAGCGAAGCGCCGUCACAGAAAGGAUGGUGGAGAAGGGGAGCAAAGGUCGGAAAGAGGAGGUCGUGACAAGGGAGUACACCAUUAAUCUUCAUAAACGCCUACAUGGAUGCACAUUCAAGAAGAAAGCCCCCAAGGCCAUAAAAGAGAUAAGAAAGUUUGCUCAAAAGGCAAUGGGAACGACAGAUGUGAGGAUCGAUGUUAAAGUUAAUAAGCUGAUCUGGAGUAGGGGAAUCCGAAGUGUUCCAAGACGGGUUCGUGUGAGAAUUGGUCGUAAAAGAAAUGAAGAGGAGGAUGCCAAGGAAGAGUUCUAUUCGCUCGUGACAGUUACUGAGAUCCCUCCAGAGGGUCUCAAAGGGCUGGGAACAAAGGUUAUUGAUGAGACUGAUUAAAUAAAUUUUAUGAGGUCUUAAAAGUGGUUUUGUUGGGAGCUUUUAUUGAGUUAGCAUGUUCGGACUAUAAGCUGUUUUCUAGUUUAAUGUAUUUCUGUAUUGCUAUUGAUUACUUUCUAUCUACUUGAUAUCUGAUAACUAAAGACCAAGCCCUUGCGAUCAAAUCUGUUUCAUAUUUUUUA